AUCAGUGAUUUAGAAAGGUGUUAACUGUAUUUUCCACCGUUUUGUCAUUAGCUUCUCGGUGUGAUUUCACCAAAAUAAACUGAGUGUGAAUUGAUACGUUUCAAUUCUGUGCGAAAAGGAAAUGCAUAUUUUAAAUACAUUACAAAAUUAUUCAAGGCGCUUGUUUAACUCGAUAAGCAAUACAAUUUACACAAUAACCAUAAAAGUAUCCGGAUUACUCCAAAAAUGUUCUGAUACACUUCGUUCUAAAUUCGAUCGAUGACGAAGAGUUAGGAUGGUUGGGGGUUUGGUUUAUAGCGACAUGCGCAGUGCAAUGUUAUGAUUCGCGACAGUAACCGAUUUUGAUUUUAUAUUCAAAAUUUAAAACACACAUGAUUCAUUUACAUUUCGUAUUCAAUCAUGUCCAUUACAAUACCUGAAGAGUGAAAAAAGAUAAAUAGGAAGCAAAUUGAUCAUUUCCGUAACAUAGUACCAAGCACAACGAUCAAGCCGAAUGGAUUGUUUCAACUAUUUCGCAACCAUACAAGUUCAACGUCGAGAUCAGAUGAUAACCUGAUACCUCGUACGUAAAGUUGCUGUGACGUGAAUGAUUGUAUCACAUGUGGUUUUCUACAGUGGAGCUUGAUAGUUAGACCUAAUGGUAUGUUGUUUAGUAGAUAUCUCGCGAAUGCUACACAACCGCACACUUUCAUAUCUACUAUCGCAUCGGAGCUUUUUUAUCUCGUUGAAUAAAAUGAUGUCCACCCUUUUCAUUUAGAACUCUCAUUUGAGGUAAUUAAGGGUACUUAUCGAUGUGAAAUAUGAUUUUUUAGUGUCUUGUCACUUUUCUUAUUCGUUUGCUUACUUUUUUAAUUACUUUUUGAAAGAUAGUAAGAUCACCUUGCGGUACUAAGCCGUUACUGAAGUAUAAUCGGGCUUAGAAAUUGUUAAUGAAUCGUCUUUAAACUUCCUUCCAGAAAUAAUUCAUAUCUAUUAGUAACAAACUAGUAGCAAAUGAUCGUAUUUUCCCGCUCGGGAACGAGACUAACGGAACCGUGUUUGAAUUUCGGUUCGUUGCCACUUUUCAACUCUAUGGUUUAAACCGACCAACCCAACAGAUGGGGGAAAUGUCAAUGUUGGCCCCUCUGCAGCUGAUUGUUUUGGUUUGUCGUGCCGAACGAUUGUGUGCGGCACAGUCGAGAAGAAUCUUGGAAGCUCGUUUCGGUCGGUCCGAUUCGUGCCUCUAGUCAAUCAAAUAGUCAAUAUUGGCUUACUUUGUUCUCUCUAUCGGUCGUCCAAAAAAAGUACACAUUAGAUAACGCUUCGCGAUAGAAUCCGCGAGUUGUCGUGUCUGGUCGUGAAAAUGAUUCGUUCAGUGUUGGUCCUGCGCUCCGCAAGCAAGUGGUACGGUCACGGAUUUCGUUUCAAUCUGAGUACGGUGACGCCUUUGGCAACGAGAACGAUGCAUAGCAAUCCGUUGAAACAGAGUCAGGCGUUUGUAAAUGGACGCUGGGUCGGAGCCCGGUCGGGAACCACGUUCGAUGUGCAAAAUCCCGCCAACGGGCAAGUUUUGGGUGCCGUACCGGAUAUGAACCGGGAGGACGUGCAACUGGCUAUCGAUGCGGCCCACGAAGCUUUCUAUGCGCCGGGCUGGCAUAAUAGUACCGCGAAGGAGCGGGCGGCGCUGUUGAAGAACUGGCACGCGCUGAUGGAGAAGAAUCGGCAAGAGAUUGCCAGCAUUAUGACGGCAGAAUCGGGCAAACCAUUGGCGGAAUCGCUGGGUGAAGUCACCUACGGUAACUCGUUCGUCGAAUGGUUCGCUGAGGAGGCACGUCGCAUCUACGGUGAAAUUGUCCCCUCGCCCGUAGCGAACCGGCAGAUAAUGAUGACACGCAAUCCGGUCGGUGUGGCGGGUUUGAUAACGCCCUGGAACUUUCCUCAUGCUAUGAUAACGCGCAAAGCGGCCGCUGCCAUUGCGGCGGGCUGUACGGUUGUUAUUAAACCGGCCGAAGAUACGCCGUUGACUGCGCUAGCGCUAGCUCGUCUCGCAGAGGAGGCUGGCUUCCCGAAAGGUGUUAUCAACGUGAUAACGAGCAGCCGAACACAUGCAGCCGAAAUUGGACAGCUGCUGUGCGGUAGCGAUAAGGUGGCGGCCAUAUCAUUUACCGGUUCAACCGAAGUUGGCAAGCUGCUGUACCGGCAGUGUGCCGAUGGCGUUAAACGUAUCGGACUGGAGCUCGGUGGCAAUGCGCCAUUCAUCGUGUUCAAAUCAGCCGACAUGGAGAAAGCGCUUACCGGGGCCAUGAAUUCCAAAUUCCGAAACUGUGGCCAAACAUGCAUUUCCGCGAAUCGGUUCCUCAUCCAGGACGAAGUGCACGAUGAGUUUGUGGAGAAGCUUACCGAGCGCAUUCGCAAGCUUGCGAUAGGCGAUGGCAGUCGGGAAGGCAUUCAGAUUGGACCGCUUAUCAACCAGGCCCAGCUAACUAAAGUGGACCGAUUCGUGCAGGAUGCGAAAGAUAAAGGAGCCACAAUACGUUGCGGAGGUCAAACCCUGCCGAAACAUGGUUCCCUUUAUUACGAACCGACGGUCGUCACCGACCUACGGGACAAUAUGCUCCUGUACAACGAGGAAGUAUUCGGUCCGGUAGUUUCGGUAGUACGGUUCAAAACGGAAGCCGAAGCACUUGCCAUUGCGAACGGUACGCGCCGUGGAUUGGCCGGGUAUUUCUUCUCGAACGAUCUGAACCAAGUGUUCCGGGUGGCUCGUCAGUUGGAGACCGGUAUGAUCGGCAUCAACGAAGGGCUCAUCUCGGCUACAGAGGCGGCAUUCGGCGGAAUUAAAGAGUCGGGCAUUGGGCGCGAAGGUUCACGCCAUGGUAUCGAUGAAUAUGUCUACAUUAAAUAUCUCUGCUAUGGAAACCUUCAGUAAAAUGAUACAUCGAUAUUAAUAGGCACGAUAGGUGCUACUAGUCAGCUUGACGAAACGAUGAAUUCCGCUGCAUUGCAUGCACACUUGCGCACACCGUAACAAGUAACUCCAUUGUACGUCUUCCAUUUGCUUGGACAAGAAAUUACCAGAGCCUAGCAUUAAGUUGUAACUGUAUAUGUAAACGAAACUGUUUAAUCAAUAAACAAAUAUUAAAGUGUAAAAGCAGUUGGGGGAUUGUCUUGAA